GUGCGGCGCCUCAAGUUCUUGACCAUCACGUCCUACGACGGAACCAAGCUCAAUGCCGAUGCGAGUCUGCCUUUGCCCAAGACUCCCAGCGAUCGGUUCCCCGUCGUGAUCAUGGCGAACUCUUGGAGUGUCCCGCAGUUCGAGUACGUGAUUCAGGCCCAGGAGUUGGCGCAGGCCGGCUACAUCAUCCUGGAGUAUGAGACGCGCGGCUGGUACUUCUCUGGGGGCGAGAUCGACUGCGCCGGCGAGAAGGACCAGCGUGACAUCUCAGAGGUGAUUUCCUACGUGCUGAGCCAGAGCGACUGGCAGGCAGAUCCGGGGCGAAUCGCGCUGGCUGGGAUCUCCUAUGGCGCCGGCCUCGCGUUGCUCGGUGCCGGCCGCGACCCUCGCGUCAAGGUGGCGGUGGCUAUGUCGGGUUGGUCGGACCUGCAGCAGGCCUUGUUCAAACACAACUCUCCGAACCUUGUCUGGGGCGAAGUGCUGGUGGUCAUGGCCCAUGUAGUCGGGAAGCCGGAGCCCCUCUUGGACGAGGUCUGGCGUCAGGUCCUCGCCGGCAACGUCACUGCCGCCCAGAGCUUUGCCACACUCCGCUCCGUCUUGCCCUACUUGCCGGCCCUCGAGAACCGCAGCGUGCCGCUCUUCAUUUCCAACAACUUCGAGGAUCGUUUGUUUUAUCCCGAGGACGCCGUUGCCUUAUACGAGCAGUACAAAGGUCCAAAGCGACUCCUCUUGAAUCAAGGCGUCCAUGCCAGUGCAGAAAUCGGAGGGCUGUUUGGGCUGCCGAAUAACCAUGUCUGGCUGGAGGUGAAGAAGUGGCUGGCGACCUACCUGAAGGGCGAGCCGGGGCCAAGUCCGCCAGCAGUGGAGAUGCAACUUCGGUCCAACCGUGCCGUGCGCGAGCAGUUCGAUGUGUGGCCCAGUAGCCGGCUGCAGCGCGAGACGCUGGUGCCCUCGCCGCGAGGCCGGGGCUUCUUCGGCAGCCUGGUGCCCAAGGGCCAGGAGGCUCCCAGCACGGCCUUCGAGAGCAUCAGCUUCGGCAAGAUGACCGGGAUCAACGGAGGACUCCCGGUGAUCGGCGAACUGAUGCAGGUCUUCGUUGACCACCGAAUCACGUCCAACCUUCUCCUGAGCUCCAGGAAGCACGCCAUCUGGUUCUACAAGCAGGUCGACACGGAGCGCCUGUGCGGCACUCCGUUGCUGAAUUUGGACAUGACGCCAAGUCACGCCAAGUGGCAGGUAGUGGCCUACCUCAUGGGUGUGAGCCGCAUCACCAAAGUCGGUACUCUGAUCUCGCACGGGUCGCUUACCUGCUGGAACUGCACCGCCGGGCAGCGAGGGACCUACCAGAUCACCCUGCGGACGCUCUGCGAAGAUCUCGGGGGCCUCGGUAUGGGUGGCAUCGGCCUGGCUCUGAACAUGUACUCCGCGCUUUAUGAGCCGGCCAACUCCGAGGAAGCCCUGACGAUUGACUUCCACUACUCAGAGAACUUCUCUUUGGAGAUUCCGGUUGCAGAGAGCAAGUCUCCGUCGAUUCUGGUGUGA